AUGAGCGCAAGGCGAGCGGUCUACGGUUACCAAUCAGCUCCCAGAGAAGGCGCAUGCGUAAUUAAACGAACGCGACUUACUGUGAACCACGACCUGAAGAAAAAAACCUCUUUUGCCCCCUCCCUCGCUGAGAAGAUGGCGCUCUCCAGGGUGUGCUGGGCUCGGACUGCUCUGUGGGGUUCAGCGGUCACCCCCGCACCUUAUGUCACCCGGAGGCUGCAACUUGUUCGCUUUGGACUGGCCUGGGGGGCCCCUCGUCUGUUUGAUCCUCCUUGUAGGUCUUCAAAGCUUCACCUUUCUCCAAAGGCAGAUGUGAAGAGCUUAAUCUCUUAUGUGGUGACUAAGACAAAAGUGAUUAGUGGGAAGUACCAUCGUUUUUUGGAUCGUCAUUUCCCCCGCUUCUAUGUCCUGUACACAACCUUCAUGAAAGGAUUGCAGAUGAUUUGGGCUGAUGCCAAGAAGGCUAAGAGAAUACAGACAAACAUGUGGAAGCACAAUAUAAAGUUUCAUCAACUUUCAUACCGGGAGAUGGAGCAUUUGAGACAGUUCCGUCGAGACGUCACCAAGUGCCUUUUCCUAGGUAUUGUUUCCAUCCCACCCUUUGCCAACUACCUGGUCUUCUUGCUAAUGUAUCUGUUUCCUAGGCAACUACUGAUCAAACAUUUCUGGACCCCAAAGCAACAAAUUGACUUCUUAGAGAUCUAUCAUGCUAUUCGGAAGCAGUCCCACCCAGAAAUCCUUUGUUAUUUAGAAAAAAUUAUCCCUCGCAUUUCUGAUGCAGGACUCCGGUGGCACAUGACAGAGCUGUGCACCAAGAUGCAGCGUGGUACCCAUCCAGCAGCACAUGAUAUCCUGGCUCUGAGAGAGGGUUUCUCGAAGCAUCCCCUGAGCAUGAACCAGCUCCAUACUUCACAAAUGAAAGCCUUGAGUCGAGCCAUGCUUCUCACACCUCACCUGCCAUCUGUCUUGUUGAGACACCGUUUAAAGACUCACACCACUGUGAUUCACCAACUGGACAAGGCUUUGGCGAAGCUGGGGAUUAGCCAGCUGACUGCACAGGAAGUGAAAUCGAAGCUGAGCUGUCCCUUUUGCUACACAACGUGGUCCUGCUUUCCGUCAACUACACCGGGACGAGGCGCUGAGGGAACAUGGAGCAGAUGCCACUGUCCUGCUGUCACAGCACUGCAGUGUGGGACCAAGCAGCACUUGUCAGCACAGUCCGUGUGCACUGCUGGGUGUGUGAGGCAGAAGAGCGGGUGCCACCGGCUUCAAUGCGGCACCCAUGUGGGAGCUGGGACCGAAACAAACCCUCUUGCACAGGCGGCCCACGGGAGGCGUCAUUCCCAGCUCCCUUGGAAUUAGCUGGCCAUGGAAGCAGCCACUGCACUGGGCUUUACUGUGACAUGUGUAGUUCAGAUCCUAGGAAGUAAGCGUUGGCCCCAGGUGGGAGUCCUCGUCUGGCCUGGGGCCUAGCACUGCCGCCUUCUUCUGAGCAGUGUGCGUGUUAAAGCCUGUUUCUGGCUGGGGAGGGGAUGGCGCCACUUAUACUGGAGCCAGUUACAUGCAUGUUCUACGACGCUCCUCUUAAUCCUGAGGUGACCAAAAGUAGGAAUUUUCUCGUCCCCUUCAUUGGGGUAACUAACCUCUUUCCUUCUCAAAUCCUUUUACCAGUGUAACUUUUUUAGUGAAAUAACUUAUGGGAACAUUUGAAUAGAAAAGAUGAAAGGAAAUGCAAGUGCUUCUUGUCCCCUUCCCCAGGGUUUAAAGCCUUCACACCCUUGUCUUAAUUUCUGGGCUGUGCUACAACCCCUGUGGAUCUUAAACUCUGCUACCUCCACUGUGUUGCAGCCUUCCCACUGUCACCUACAGUGGUGCUGCAGCCUUCCCACUGUCACCUACAGUGGCUGCUGUCUUUGGGCCACGGAUGAAACCCGUCCCGUACUAGUUACUACCCAGCCCAGGAGACCAGGAGAGGUCUGCAUCGAGAUAGUAAGUUGGGGUUAGCUUUUGUCUCUAUUUACAUCAGUGACCUGUAGUAACUUAUUGUGAAUGCAUGAAGCACUGUUUUUAAACCCAAGUAAAGAUGGUCUGAAAUCAA